GUUUAUAAAAGCCUCAUCGGCAGCCUUGGCCUACUAGUCACCGUGGCGCACACGUAACGGAUUAUAGCGUGCUUUGAGUUUCCGGAACAGACCACGUGAUGGAUUUCUCACGGAAGCGUAAGCGGAGUCGCUGGAAUGAUGAGACCCCCGAUCAGAAGACCAUCAUCCCAGGGAUGCCAACUGUAAUACCACCCGGACUUAGCCGCGAGCAAGAGAGAGCUUAUAUAGUUCAACUGCAAAUUGAGGAUCUGACUCGCAAGCUUCGCACGGGAGACCUGGGAAUACCCCCUAACCCAGAAGACAGAUCUCCUUCUCCAGAACCAAUAUACAACAGUGAAGGAAAACGGUUAAACACAAGAGAAUUUCGAACCCGUAAAAAACUGGAAGAGGAGCGUCAUAAUCUAAUCACUGAAAUGGUGGGAUUAAACCCAGACUUCAAGCCUCCUGCAGAUUACAAACCACCAGCCACACGUGUAAGUGACAAAGUCAUGAUCCCUCAGGAUGAGUACCCAGAAAUCAACUUUGUGGGGUUACUUAUUGGGCCCAGGGGAAACACGUUAAAGAACAUUGAGAAGGAAUGCAAUGCCAAGAUCAUGAUUCGUGGUAAGGGUUCCGUAAAGGAGGGAAAAGUUGGAAGAAAGGAUGGUCAGAUGCUUCCUGGGGAGGAUGAGCCCCUUCAUGCCUUAGUGACGGCAAACACUAUGGAGAAUGUGAAGAAGGCAGUGGAACAGAUUCGCAAUAUUCUGAAACAGGGCAUAGAGACUCCCGAGGAUCAGAAUGACCUUCGUAAGAUGCAGUUACGAGAGCUUGCAAGGCUCAAUGGAACGUUGCGUGAAGAUGACAACAGGAUCCUAAGACCCUGGCAGAGUACAGAAACCAGAAGUAUCACAAACACAACUCUGUGCACAAAGUGCGGCGGCGCUGGGCACAUUGCUUCUGAUUGUAAAUUUAACAGCAUGACUGUGAGAGCUGGUGAGCCACAGUCUGCUCAGGAUAAAGCAAGAAUGGAUAAAGAGUAUUUGUCUCUUAUGGCGGAGCUUGGGGAGGCGCCUGUACCUACCUCUAUGGGAACAUCCUGUGUACCAUCUCAUAACACAAUUCAAAGUGCUCCACGUCCUACUGGUCUGGCAGGGAGCCAGCCACCCUUGGCAUUGCUCCCUUCACCUCAGACUCGACCCCCAUGGAUGUCAUCUGAUCGUCCAUUCCCGUCUCUUCAUGGCGCACCCCAUUCUUUCCCACAUCAUAUGAGUGGUGCCGGUAGUCUGCCCCCUAUGCAGCACAACCCUAGUGGACAUCAUCACUGGAUGCAGCAUCAUCCUGGAUCUCAUGCUCCCAUGGCUGGGCUCCUACACUCUCCCAUGGGACUGUUGCCGCCUCCGCCACCACCACCUCCUGGUGUCCCAGCUCCUCCACCUCCACCACCGUCGGCAACAUCUCUUCCUCCUUGGCAGCAGCAAACAAAUUCAGUUGCCCCUCCCCAGCCUCUUCAUUGGCAACAGAAUUCUCAAAAUACCUCAGCCUCGCUUCACCCAUGGCAACAGCAGCAAGCGGGAGCCAACACUUCCUCUAACACAGCCUCGCAGCUCCAGUCCACAGGCUCCAUGGUGCCGCCGCCUCCUGGUGUCCAGCCUCCGUUGCCCCCCAGUGCACCGCCUCCCCCACCACCACCCCCUCCAGGCACCACAAGUCUUCUGUAUGCCCCUCCUCCCCCACCACCACCCCCAAUGGACCCCUCUAAUUUUGUCACUAUGAUGGGAAUGGGUGUUCCAGGACUCCCGCCAUUCUCUAUGCCCCCUGCCCCUCCUCCUCCUCCCCCUCAAAGCUAACAGAGGAACUAAAAUCUUGCUUUAAGGACCCGAACUGGUUGGAUCCUCACAUCAGAAUAUUUUUGGGGUUUCGCCCACCUGACCUCAAAUAUCCAGUGAUGUUAAAUGUUACUUUUCACUCCCUUAAUUUCAGGAAAUGGCACCUAAACCUGAGGCAGCAUCUUUAAGCACAUUCUUCUCUUUUCACCAACUAUAAUUGUCAUUUGAUAUCUGUAGUGUCAUCAUGCUAGGCCAUGGGAACUAUGUGAUCCCUCGUUUACACAGUGAUGUGACUUACCUACCUUAUCAGGAGGUUACAUACCUCUCCCUCAUGCUGGUGCACUCGCCAGUUGUGUGUUGUAGAUGGCAAACUUAUCGCCUGUAUAAAGCAACAAUAUCUGUGAUGACGUGUACGUUGCAAGUCUCAAUCUUUUUUAUAGUGUCCCUUGCUGUAGUGGCCUGACCUUUUCACCUAUAAAAUAUUCCUUUAAGGGACAUAUGUGCAAUAGUAGUGUUUUCUAGCAAACUAAAGCAUUUUGCUAUUGCACUGCUGUGUGCCUUUUUUUAUUUAUUGUAUUUUUUUUCUUCCCUGGGCAUCUCCAGCUUGGACUAGAAGUACAUGGCCACUUCUUGGUUAACUUUAAUUUGUCUCACCACCUUAAGAGUUAGUCACACAGCAGCAAAGGGUUACAGCAUUUUACUAUUGUAGAGCAAGCCUCCUGCUGAUGCGUGACAGCCAGGCGAAGCGCUGAAGUUGCAAUAGAGCAGUCACUAAGAACAGAACCCUAUAUAUUACCUUAAUAGGCUGUGCCCCUAUCUACCACAAUAACCAAUGCAUCAAUUUCUGUAAAUGUGUAAAAUGUCUUAAUUUAAAUGUAGUUCCUGUAUUUGAUUAUCUGUAGAGUUAGGUGCCUUAUAGCCGUGUAACCGGUGUUAUGAGUUUGAUAUAAAAUUCCACUUUGAGACACUACAAUUUUAACUGUAGUAUGGUAAAAUGUCCCUUCCAAUUUUUUUUUCUAAUGCUUAUUGAUAAGGCAAAUAACUUUUCAUAUCAAAAUUUUGCUAAUUUAUGGAGCCUUUUCCUGUGACUAUAGCUACCAUAGUAAAUGAUAGGUCCAGCUCUGACAUUCACUGUUGAAAUUAGGUUAGCGGUUCAGAUUUUGUAGGAGGUGUUAAACAGAAUGUCCCAUAAGAGAUAUCAUGUAACAGUCUUCCACUGCCCAAAGAGGCGGUAGUGCUUUCUGCAGAAUCCAAAGCCAGCAACAUUCUGUACAGUGUUUAGUGCAAGAGCUUAUUUGUACAUGACUCUAAAUGCUUACAGCUAACAAAAGACAGUUGGGCAGCAGGUGAAAGUAUUUGCAAUACCCAUCUUGAUUAUUCAUGUCCGUAGGCUCAGGCUCCAUAUUCUCAAACAGUAAUUCAGCCAGGCUCACAGGCGCUGGUUAGCUCAUCUUUUGUAUAUUCCCCAAAAUAGUUAUAUUUUCGCUUGCUGUAAAUUAUGUAAUGUACACAACAUCCCGCGUCUGCCUCGGUGUCAGUUCGUUGGUCUCUGGAGUUGGAAGCUUGUCCCUGACAUCAUUGUGAUGUUUUGUGUAUUAGGGCAGAUGUUUGUGCCUGACGGACCUUCCCCUGUAAAAGCUGUGUGUUUGCAGCUUGUUCAGCAUUUAGAUAAGAGGGGGGCAGAUAUUUUGUGCCCUAAAAAUUGUCUGCCCUGUAUUAAGGGCGUGUCUUUCAUUAAAUGCUUUUUUUUAAGAAAUUUAAAA